CAGCACCGCCGACGCCAUGCUUGCGUUCACCAACUUCCGAUUCCCAAAAGGUUCUACUUCCGAUAUCAGCAGCUCUACUUCCGGGUCCUGCGUGGCAGUUGAAAGAGAGGCGGGAGAAGUUGCCGGGAAUGAUUUGAUGGCACAUACUGAUGGCUCUGAAGAAGUCAUCACCCUCACUGGAUUCUGGUGAUAGUGACUCUGAGGAGUUGCCAACAUUUGCCUUUCUGAAGAAGGAACCUUCAACAAAGAGGAGACAGCCUGAAAGGGAAGAGAAGAUUGUAGUGGUUGACAUCUCAGAUUCUGAGGCCUCCUGUCCUCCAUCACCAGGCUUGAAAGAUUCACCACCUGCCCCAGACACAGCUGAAACUGUCACAGAAACACAGCCAGUCAGUUUGCUAAGCAGUGGAAGUGAGGAUGAAGAAUCUGUUCCUCUAGCUCAGAGGCUUAUAUGUAAGUUUCUGACCCACAGGCAACUGAGCCCUGAGGACUCUAGCUCCCUAAUUAAAAGUGUUUUGGAUCAUCAAAAUAAUGAAGGUGUGUCAUGUGACUGGAAAAAGCAGCCCUUUUCAAAGAUCCCUCAAGUUCCCCUCCACGAUACUCCAGAGAGGAGUGCAUUAGAUAACAAGGACCCAAUCUUAGAUCCAUGCCGUCAGCUUCCAGCCUACCAGUCUACCUGCCCUGGCCAGAGCAGCAGCUUGGCAGUAACCAAAACAAAUUCUGAAAUCCUCCCACCCCAAAAGAAAACUAAGCAGAGUCAGAAGGUCCAGGGAAGAGGCUCACAGGGAUGCCAGCAGCAGAGACAAGCAAGGCAGAAGGAAAGCACCCUGAGACGACGGGAAAGACAGAAGGCAGCACCGGUAACCAGGAUGAAAGCCCAGAGGCCAGAGGAAUGCUUAAAACACAUCACUGUGGUGCUGGAUCCAGUGCUUUUACAGAUGGAAGGUGGGGGGCAGCUCCUGGGAGCACUGCAGUCCAUGGAGUGCCGCUGUGUGAUUGAGGCGCAGGCCGUGCCUUGCAGUGUCACUUGGAGGAGAAGGGCUGAAACAUCUGAGGACGGAGAGGACUGGGUGGAGGAGCCAAUAGUCCUGGUGUUGCUCCGGGCAGAGGCAUUUGUGUCCAUGAUCUACAACGGAAAGCAGGGAAGGCUGGACAGCACUAGGAAAGAGAAGAAAACAUUUCAGGGCUUUGUAACUGAUAUCACAGCAAGGACAGCAGGGAAAACUUUGUCACUGGUGAUUGUGGAUCAAGACAAAUGCUUCAGCCUGGAGCUGCUGUCCUUCUUUGAUUUCCUCCCCUGCACCAGUGCUCAGAAUCCUCCAAGAAGAGGGAAACAGGGAACAAAUAAACAGACGAAGGAGAAGCAGCAGAGACACCCAGAGGCCAGCACAGGGUCCAUGGUAUCCAGGGUAGACGUGGAAGAGGCAUUGGUGGAUCUGCAGCUACACACGGAAGCCCAGGCUCAAAUUGUGCGGAGCUGGAAAGAGUUGGCUGACUUCGCAUGUGCAUUCACAAAGGCUGUGGCUGAGACGCCCUUCAAGAAGCUCCGAGAUGAAACUACGUUCUCCUUCUGUGUGGAGAGUGACUGGGCUGGAGGGGUGAAGGUGGACCGUGCUGGCAGGGGACUCUCACUGGUCUGGAGGAGACAGAUUCAGCAGCUGAACCGAGUCAGCCUGGAAAUGGCCAGCGCAGUUGUGGAUGCCUAUCCCUCCCCACAGCUUCUGGUACAGGCUUAUCGGCAGUGUUUUUCGGAGCAAGAACGCCAGAAUCUGCUUGCAGACAUACAGGUGCGCCGUGGAGAAGGUGUGACAUCCACCUCUCGCCGUGUUGGACCAGAGCUAUCCAGGCGUAUCUACCUUCAGAUGACUGCUUUACAGCCAGAUCUCUCUUUAGAUAGUGCUGACUAAUUCUAGCCUUCAGGGAUGAGGAUGAAAAGCUGGAGACUUCCACCUCCCCAACCUCAGAGUCUGACUGCAGUGAAGAGACUGGCAGCACCUGGAGCACAAGCCUAGGUGAGGCCCAGUCUCUCUGCCCAUCAACUGGGGCAGAGACUGAAAUACUGCCACCUACCUUCGGCAUUUUAUGUUCCUCUGCUGGCAAAAAUUAACUGCCACAGACAAACCACCCCCACUCCUACCCAGCCAGCCCUCAAAACACAAAGGAACAAAGACAGUCCACUCAGACACGUAUUUAAUAAGAAAUCCAAAAGAAUUAGCAUCAAAUCUCGAAGUCGUGAGUGAAGCUGCGGAUUGGCUUGACGGGGCUCAGCCACUGAGCUGCCUCAACCGGCCAAGGAACAGGAUAUAACUAUGCGGACUUCUAUGUUGUCUUAUCUCAUUGUAUGUAUUACGUAUUUAGUUUCAAUAAAGCAUUUGUACCAACGGC